AGACGCGGCGCACACGCUCACUCCAGUGCUGCAGGACUGCAUGAGAGGAACUGAGAUAAUAUCCACACCACCAGCAUCCAUCACCGGAGCUACAGAGCCAUCUCAGCCCGGCUGGUAACGGCACUAUGGCACAAGCCGCCAAACAUCUGCGCAAGAACAAGGAUUUAGAGGCGCUCGCCGAACAGGAGCGGAAGGAGAAAGAGGAGGAGAAGGCGAAGAAAAGGAGCCGCUCACGGGAUAAAAAGCGCAAGGCCCACGUCGUUCAUCGCUGGCUAAUCGAUCAGGACAAUAGUGUGAGCUCUGAGCUGCCGGAUGGCCAGGGAGUGUGGCACUGUGAUGAAACAGCUGAUGCUGGCACCAGUUUCCUCCGUGCAGCUCGCUCAGGUAAUCUGGAAAAGGCUCUCGACCACAUCAAGAAUGGCAUCGACGUCAACACAGCCAAUCAGAAUGGACUCAACGGGCUGCACCUGGCCUCGAAAGAAGGCCAUGUUAAAAUGGUGCUGGAACUAUUGCACCACGGUAUUGUUCUAGAGACGACCACAAAGAAAGGAAACACUGCUCUUCACAUAGCUGCGUUAGCUGGACAGGAGCAGGUGGUCACAGAGCUGGUUAACUAUGGAGCCAAUGUCAACGCUCAGUCUCAGAAGGGCUUCACUCCUCUAUACAUGGCUGCACAAGAGAAUCACCUGGAGGUUGUGAAGUUUCUCCUGGACAAUGGAGCCAAUCAGACCAUUCCAACUGAGGAUGGCUUUACCCCUCUUGCUGUGGCUCUUCAGCAGGGCCAUGAGAAUGUGGUGGCCCUGCUCAUCAACCACGGUACUAAGGGCAAGGUCCGCCUUCCCGCACUGCAUAUCGCUGCCCGAAACGAUGACACCCGAACUGCCGCUGUGCUUUUACAGAAUGACCCAAAUCCUGAUGUCUUAAGCAAGACAGGCUUCACGCCACUCCAUAUCGCAGCCCACUAUGAAAACCUGAAUGUUUCCCAGCUACUUCUAAACAGAGGAGCUGAUGUGAACUUCACACCCAAGAACGGGAUCACACCUCUACAUAUUGCAUCCAGGAGAGGAAAUGUCAUCAUGGUCAGACUUCUGCUGGACCGAGGAGCAAAGAUUGAUGCCAAGACAAAAGAUGAGUUGACUCCUCUUCACUGUGCUGCCAGAAAUGGCCAUGUGAGAAUAAUCGAGAUCCUUCUGGACCAAGGAGCCCCAAUACAGGCCAAGACCAAGAAUGGCCUGUCUCCAAUACAUAUGGCAGCCCAGGGUGAUCAUUUGGACUGUAUCAGACAGCUAUUACAGUACAAUGCCGAGAUUGAUGACAUCACUCUAGACCACCUGACCCCACUGCAUGUGGCGGCACACUGUGGACACCAUCGCAUGGCCAAGGUUCUCCUGGAUAAAGGAGCCAAACCAAACACCCGUGCUCUGAAUGGCUUCACACCACUCCAUAUUGCCUGUAAGAAGAACCACAUGCGUGUAAUGGACCUGCUAUUAAAGCAUUCUGCAUCCCUGGAGGCUGUAACAGAGUCAGGAUUGACCCCACUGCAUGUGUCCUCCUUUAUGGGUCAUCUGAAUAUAGUGAAGAUACUGAUGCAAAAAGGAGCGUCACCACAUGCCUCAAACGUGAAAGUGGAAACACCUCUGCACAUGGCGUCUCGAGCUGGUCACUGUGAAGUUGCUGAGUUCCUGUUGCAAAACGCAGCUCCAGUGGACGCCAAAGCCAAGGAUGACCAGACGCCGCUACACUGUUCCGCCCGCAUGGGCCACAACGAGAUGGUGAAGCUGCUUUUGGAGCACAAGGCAAACCCCAACUCCACCACAACAGCAGGACACACUCCACUGCACAUCUCUUCCCGUGAGGGACACACACAGACUGCCAGCAUCCUACUGGACAUGAACGCCCAGCUCACCAAAAUGACCAAGAAAGGCUUCACUCCUCUUCAUGUAGCAGCCAAAUACGGGAAGGUGGAUGUAGCAGUGCUGCUUUUGGAGAGAGGAGCCAACCCAAAUGCAGCAGGCAAAGCUGGACUCACACCGUUGCAUGUGGCCAUCCAUCAUAACAAUCUGGAUGUGGUCAAUCUUUUGCUCAGCAAAGGAGGCUCACCACACAGUGCCGCUCGGAACGGCUAUGCUCCGCUCCACAUUGCUUCCAAACAGAACCAGGUGGAGGCAGCGAGCAGUUUACUGCAGCAUGGAGCUUCUGCCAAUGCUGAGUCAUUGCAAGGGGUCACACCGUUACACCUAGCCUCCCAGGAGGGCCAACCAGACAUGGUGCUGCUGCUUAUCUCAAAGCAGGCCAAUGUAAAUCUGGGCAAUAAGAGUGGUCUGACUCCUCUUCACCUCGUGGCUCAGGAGGGGCAUGUUGGCAUUGCUGAUAUACUAGUGAAACAUGGGGCGUCCGUCUACGCUGCCACACGGAUUGGUUACACUCCACUUCAUGUGGCUUGUCAUUACGGCAAUAUCAAGAUGGUUAAAUUCCUCUUACAGCAGCAGGCCAAUGUAAACUGCAAGACCAGGAUGGGAUAUACACCGCUACAUCAGGCUGCUCAGCAGGGCCAUACGGACAUUGUGACACUUCUCCUGAAACAUGGCGCACAACCAAAUGAAAUUACGUCUAAUGGCACAUCAGCUCUUGCCAUCGCAAAGCGCCUUGGAUACAUCUCAGUCAGUGAUGUGCUCAAACUGGUCACCGAAGAGACCGUUUCCAUGACCACCACCGAAAAACAUCGCAUGAGUUUCCCAGAGACAGUUGAUGAGAUCUUGGAUGUGUCUGAAGAUGAAGGAAUUGCACAGCUAACGUUAGGCGAGGAGCUGCUGGGGAACGAGGGCGCCAGGUAUUUGAAGAUGGAGGACAUAAAGGACCAUGAUGAGGAUUUCCUUUCCCCCAAGAAUGUUCUAGAGAAUCAUUCCCCUGCCAUUCCAAGGAUCCCAUGUGUUUCUCCUGAAACAGUCAUGCUGAAAGAACAUGAAAUGGAGCAGCAGCACACCCCACUUCCUCUGCCCAAGGAGUACGAUGAGGAUUCGCUGAUCCCCAGCAGUCCGGCCACAGAGACGUCAGACAAUGUCAGUCCGGUAGCGAGCCCCAUCCACACCGGUUUCCUUGUGAGCUUCAUGGUGGAUGCUCGUGGCGGCUCGAUGAGAGGCAGCAGACAUAACGGCCUGCGUGUCAUCAUUCCUCCUCGCACCUGUGCCGCUCCAACACGCAUCACCUGCCGCCUGGUGAAGCCGCAGAAACUUGCCACACCACCUCCUCUGGUGGAGGGUGAGGGUCUUGCCAGCCGUAUCAUCUCUCUUGGUCCAGCUGGCAUGCAGUUCUUAGGGCCUGUGAUUGUGGAGAUUCCCCAUUUCGCGGCACUCGGUCGGGGAGAUCGUGAGCUCGUGGUCUUGAGAAGUGAGAACGGAUCGGUCUGGAAGGAGCAUCGCAAUCGUUAUGGUGACGAGGUCCUGGAGACCAUCCUCAAUGGCAUGGAUGAAGAUCUUGAAAGUCAGGAGGAACUUGGCAAGAAAAGGAUCAGGCGCAUCAUCUCGACCGACUUCCCGCUCUACUUUGCGGUGGUGUCCCGCAUCCAGCAGGAGAACGAUCUGAUUGGCCCAGAAGGGGGUUUUCUCGCCAGUAAGCUGGUGCCCAUGGUCCAGGCCAGUUUUCCUGAGACAGCCGUCACCAAGCGUGUCCGUCUCGGACUGCAGGUGAGAUGGGAGGAUGAUGAGGAGGAAGAAGUGAUGGAAAAUGGAGGAAGCUUAUCUUCUGCAUAUUACCAUAAUGUAUCUGACAGCUGUGGCACAGCUCCUGCCCAGUGGGAAGAUAUAACUGGUACCACCAAACUCCUAUAUGCCAAUGAUUGUGCCAAUUUCACCACUAAUGUCUCUGCCAAGCUGCGUGUGAGGGACAGCAGUAAAGAUCCCUCUGGCUUCUUGUCUUUCUUGCGCAAAUCAACCAAAUACGAAGAUAGUCAGCAUGUGUUGUGCAACCUCAACGUUACCAUGCCGCCAUGCAUUAAGAUUAUAGGAAGUGAUGAGCGAAGGAGAACUCUGACUCCUUUGGCUCUGAGGGAAAGAUACAGUGCUCUAAAUGAACCAGCCAUGGCAUCACUGAGCGCCAUGGAAAGGACGGAGUUAAAGAUGGCUUUAAUAGCUGAACAGCUAGGCCUGAGCUGGGCUGAGUUGGGACGUGAACUGCAGUUUAAUGUAGAUGAAAUAAAUAAGAUCCGUGUGGAGAAUCCCAACUCCCUUUUAGAGCAGAGCUCAACACUGCUCAACCUGUGGGCCGCUCGAGAGGGGAAGAGAGCCAAAAUGGACAGCCUGUACAUGGCCCUCAAGAGCAUUGACCGAAUGGACAUUGUGAACAUGUUGGAGGGCCAGGGACCACCAACAGGUCAGCAGGGGGGCUGGGAGCAAGAUGCUUCCAGGUCUAGGCAUCAUGAGAGAGACCAUCUAUCUCCUGGCAUCACAAAUGGUUACGGGCUGGUGGUACAGGAAGAACUAGUUUCACCGGCCUCUAUGCAGUACAGUCUACCUUCGCCACUGGGCAAUGAGCCCUACUGGCAGGAAGUGUCGAGCAUGGAGUGUGCACCCAUCGCUACCACCGAAGAGGACACACUCAUGGAGAUGUCUGAGGUACAGGUUUGGCCCUCAGGCAAUAGUCCUUCCAUUGUGGCUGUAGAGGACUCUUCACUGGAGUGCAGCAAUGCUGAUGACUCCGAGGCGCUACUGAACAGGAGCCUGGGCAACUCGAGGAGCGGGACUCCCGGUGCAAACGGACCAGUGGGACUUUCUGCUCAGGGAGGGUUAAGUGGUUCCAUCGAGCUACUUGAGGAUCAAUCCAUUGGGGCGGAUUCAGAUUACAGUGCUGCUGGGAUGCUGUGUCUGAGUGAAGGGGUCAACAUCAAUGCUCUGGACAGAGGUCAGGGUUUGGAGAGGUCAGAAGGGGCUGUAGGUCAAGAAGUCAGCAACAUUAAAGACGGUUCCAGUGCAGGUUUGGGAGAAGGAGGAGGUGACGGCACAAACUUAGAAGAUAGCAUAUCUCUCAUUUCAGGGCAACAGCGAGUUUAUGCUCGAAUGAGUGAAUCACCUGGGCUAAGAAGACGGGCAGAUCCUGGUGAUGACAGGUUAAGUGGUGGGUCCUUCCUGUCAUAUCUACAGGACCAGGGGGCUCCUGGUUGGCUCUCUACCCCAGAACCAACCCAGAACAGAGUGGGGUCUCUACAAUGCUCCCUGCCUAGGCAGGCAAUGGAGUCUAUGAUGUCAUCAGUACGAGCCACAGUGGACUGUGAUUCUAAGCAGUCUUGCCUAGCCCAGGAAGCCCUAAUUGAGCCAGUGCGGGACAUGGGGCAUUCUGAAAUCAUCCACGGGCAUUAUCAGGGAACUCAACCUUUUGAGAAAGGACUAGGCUUCCCGCACAGAACAGCUAACAUUCGGGGUUGGGAGGACAUGCGUCUAAGAGGACAGGGUGAUGAGGCAGAGGAUCUUCCAGGAGAGCAAGUGAGCGAGGAGCAAUUUACAGAUGAGCAUGGCAACAUCGUCACCAAAAAGAUUGUGAGGAAGGUGGUCCGGAGAGGAAAAGGGGAGGAAGGGGGUCAGGAGCUCAUCAUAGAAGGGCUGUCGCAGGAUAUCAAUGAGCCAGACGUUGAUGGAGAACAGUACAUGAGCUAUGCCAUCCUGGGCCGUGACAGCAAGCCGGAUGUUGUGGAUGUGAAGAGGGGAGGUACUCAAAUAGUCAAAUGUGCGAGUCUGCGGAGAGUAAAGCAGUGAGUCUGACUCGCUCCUCCCUCCAGGACUUGACACCUACACCCAAACCAUCCUUCACUGACACAUGAUGGGCGUCAAAUAAAGAAGAAAACCGAACUAGAGCGCCGGCGAUAGAUGAUGGAUGUCAACUACGAAAAAGAGAUUUUAGGACUUUUUUAACAAGCAAAACAAACACUAGUGGCUAGAGGCAUGAUUUCUUAUAAAAUGAAACCAAACAAUGAAAAAAAGCAAGCAUUUGAGAAGUGCUUCUUGUAAUCUCAAUAUCAGCAUGUGAAAGUGCUGUCGCAUGGCCUGCCUUUACAUACAGCACUGACUGCAAGCAAUUAUGAGGUGAGAAAAUACUGUCGUACCGCAAGGGCUGUAAAAUGGUGUGGGGAAGGACUUUGGCCAACUGGAUGUGGUUUGGGGGCACGUGGGACACAAAAGCUAGUUUUAGUCAGUUUUCUGAAAUGUAGUCUUCCAAGCGAGUCAGUACUACUGAAAAGGUUUCCCACCAGGAGGAGUCUGACCCUCUUGUACUGGUAUUAUACAUAAUAUGCACUCAAAUAUGAUGUGAAUGUACCUUCUGUGUGCGUGUGUUCUUUUACACAGCCAAAAAAACAAAUGACAACAACCUAUGCGAUGAUGCUGCUGCUGCUUCUGUCUCAAUACUUGCUCCUGAAUUCUUGUUCAGUCCAAUAGUACGUGUCUUGUGUAUUGUAAAGGUAUAAUUGUGUAGCAAAUGAGCUGUGAAGUCCUGUGUUGCCUCAGAUAGACUCAAGAGAUACAAUUUGUGCAGUUUAAAUGUUUUCAGUGGGAUACAGUACAUUGGGCAUACUUUCAAAUCACCGUGGGGCUCUAUAUGUACACGUUUGCAGCGCUGCAGCAAGAUUGUUUUUGUUCUGUAUACAUUGCAAACCUUUGUGUCAUAUGAGCUUCCUCUCAAUAACUUGAUAUGCACAGAGGAGCUCAUAUGCAUAAUAUUAACAUUUACAUUAUCCACCAUUCGCAUUUGCUUUAUAGUGGAAAGAGUCCUUAGGAGCAAAAAAGCAAUCAUUUUAAUUUUUCUCGUUAUAAAUGAUUGUUAAAAAGUCUAACCUUUCAGUGAAGUAAAAUGUAGAUAAAGGCUGUCAGUAGAUUCAAAUAAGUAUUCACAAUUAAUCUUGUGGUUUGUUUUGUAGGUAAUAAUUCAACCUAUUCCUAAGGAAAGAAAAGAAAAAAAUUAUGGUGCAAAGAUAUUUGGUAACACUUUACAAUAAGGUACGAA